ACAUUGCAGGAAUGGCGGUCUCCAUGCUGUGCGGAAGGUCGGUAAGGGUGCGUGGGCUCCUUAGAGGGAUUUCGGUCUUGAAAACUUUAAUUGGCAGUACCACGCAGUGUGGACCCUUAUUACAAAUUGUGUACUAUAACCCGAAGCCUCUCAGAUUAAAUUUCAAGGACCCAUAUAUCCCAGAUAAGAAGAGCGAAAAGACUCCCGAAUGGCAAAAGACUAUAAAAUAUGACCGUAAAUUGUUCGGACGGUAUGGCUUCGCUUCGGGUGUCGAUCCAGAACAGCUGUGGCCGAGCUCCGAAGAGCUGAAAGAGAUGAUCACUGAGGAGAAAGAAUGGCAACCGUCUUUGGAGGAAAUGUUGACAAACAUUAGGGCGAAGGAGCAGGAAAGGGCUAAGAAACUGCAAUCUAGAGAGAAACUAAUUGCCGCAAACAUGGCGAAAAUGCCACAGAUGGUGGCAGAGUGGCGGCGCCAGUCACAUGACAUUAAGCGCAAACACAAGGAGGAGAAGGCGCGCCGGGAGCGACUGCUGGCCGAGGCCAGGGAACGCUUCGGAUACGCGCUGGAUCCCCGCAGCCCCAAAUUCCUGGAUAUGGUCAAAGAGAUAGAAAAGGAAGAAAAGAAGAAAAGAAAACUACUGAAACGUCAAAAGAAUGCCGAGGAAUCAGCUGCACCAGCUCCCGAUGCUCCUGCACCUGGAGCCACUUCAUAGACACUGUAGAUGGAAAAGGAUUUUGUACAUAGCAAAGUGUCACUCACUUACAUUUCUCAAUGUUCAAUCAAUUAAAGUGUACUUAAACUGCUGUCUCAGUUCUAAACAAAUCUCCCACGGUGCUUAUUCCAUCUUAAGUUACAGUUCAGUCUGGACACUUCCAGGAACAUAUGUAGAUAUGUCACAGAAAUAAUGGUAUGCACAUAGCUGGCAAGGGAAAGCAUACAUAGAUAAGUAAACACACUACACUGUUUUCAGGUAGUGACAAGCAUUACCUGGACUGUGACUGUUAUUUUGGUUUGGAAAAUGGCUGGCUAAUGUGGAGUGUUUUAUGCAUAAUGCCUAAAACAGGCACUGUACUGCAGUAUGAGGCUAUGAAAACCAUACUGAAAAGACCCAGUUCAGAAUGUGCAGUAGUUAUGUAGGCAGCCAAGCAAACUUUUUCCGCUUUCUCCAUCCCCAGCCUUGACCUGACUGCACAGUUGGGGGGUAUCAGCACUAUUGUUAGUUUUCAUCACCGCAUUUGCUAUACUUUGUAACGUUAAAUCAUUUUUCCCUCAAAGCUAACCAUAGCUAGAAUUUUUCCAAUGUAGUGUUUACAUCGUUUUGACCACGCACAAAAGCGCUAAUCACACUGGUAUGACUGUACGCGCAAAAGGGUUAAAAUAGCAAAGCACCCCUGAUAUUAGGGGGCACUGUUGUCUUCUGAGGCAGCCGCACAGGAGCUCACUCAUGCUUUUUAACUCUGCUACAGUCCCCCAUAACCUCCUGCAGCAACCUCAGCCAGCUGACAGGUAUAUAGCAGCACUAACAGGUCCUGUAUAAGAGUGUUAGCUCUGCUACAGUUAUCUCCCUUCUGAUUUGCAGUAGUCAAUAUAUGAAGUGUGUGGGUUUAUAAGAAGCCAUAUUGUCAGUAGAAGCAGUUUGUUUUUACACAAAGGUAAAACCUAUUUUUCAAGUUCACUGUUUCCUAUGGUUGAAGGAUACUGAUAAAUAUUAAGAAAAGAGGGCCACUAGAUGAGGUUAUUAUUUAGUUUAUCCCAGCAAAUAAAUCCGUGUACCAUCAUAUCUUCCUUUAUGACUUGACAAGAAGAAGGUGGCAUUUAGAUCCAGGGUUAAGUAUGGAUUUUCCAGACAGUUAAGGUAUGAGUGCAAGUGUAAUAUGCUGUCUCUGCUUACAUUACUUUACACACAGAACUACGAGAGACUCAGUAUUCUCUGUACAUGGCAGUAGUCCCAUUCUGACCGAAAUAUCUCUAAAAUUAGUUGAUUUAUUAUCCCUUAGAGGACACUUAGCUGAACAUGCCGUAUAUCCCUUGUAUAAUUUCCAUAAGAAUUACAAUUAUCAUCAGACCACAAUUGAACUUUGAGCAGCAACCUGUUCCCAACCCUGAGUGAUGGCAUGAUGCUUAUAAUCAUGAAUGUCCAUUCCAAGAUUCAUAGAGACGUCACAGUUGUCCUUAUGGUCAGCCAUACGAAAGCCUAUGCCAUUUGGCCAUGUACAAAGAGAGUCCGAUCUGUGUUGUCAUGUCAAGCUGAAGUCUUUCCACUGGACACUGGACACAGGUAUGAAGACGGUCAUCCAUUGGCUGUGAGGGGAGACCUAGAUUUUGGCCCCCACCCACAAAAUGAUAAGAAGCACUGGGUGGGGAUGGGACCACUGUACUGUCGCGUCUGUA